CGUGUAAAGGUCAUGGUGAAAGAAUAAUAAUAACACACUAUUAUCAUAUUACAAGCUCGUGUUGUGUGCUGCGAUCGAAACGCUGGAAACUAGAAAUGAGUCUUUUUGAAUGACUACCUAUAUUUUUUUAGUUUUUAAUCAGUAAGUAGUAACCAACCAACGAGAAACGACUAACAUUCGUCAGUCGGCUGCGAGUUGUUCACGUUUGUCGCGUCCAGUACGAUUAAUUACUUCGUAUUCCGUUUAUUUCUCUUCUUAACAAUACACACUACACCAUGAAGGUUGCAUUGGAAAUCGACGAAGGUUUGUUCAGAACGUACUUGUUCUACACAGCAGUAUUAGUAAUAAAAGUACUCACAAUGGCCCUAUUAACGGGCAGACAUCGGUUCUCAAAAAUGAUAUUUGCUAACCCUGAAGAUGCAAAAAUGCAUUCAAAAUCAAAAGUGAAGUAUGAUGAUCCUGAUAUUGAAAGAGUUAGAAGAGCUCAUCUCAACGAUUUAGAAAAUAUUCCAUUCUUUGUAAUUGUAUGUUUUGGAUACUUAUUAACCAAUCCAAGUAUAUAUAUUGCUACCAAUUUAAUAAGAUUAUUUGUAGCAAGUAGAAUAAUUCAUACAAUAGUUUAUGCCGUGAUUGUUUUACCACAGCCAUCAAGAGCUUUAUCUUGGUUCGCUGGAUAUGCAACAACAUGGUACAUGGCUUUUCAAGUUAUUUUAAGUUUUGUUUAAUAUUAUUAUAGGAAAAACAUAAUAAAGCUCAUUAUUUUAUUAUUA